CUUUGAUGAAAUUGACCUUUGACUUGGACCCUGAAUUGCUUCUACAUACUCAUACAUAUCCCAAUCCUAUUGUCAAUCUUGUGUGCUGCUAGUCCACCAUCUGCCAGCAAGUACUGCUUUGCAUACUCAUACGAAGAAUACAUAUCUUGACCUUCGUUCUCUACCAAUCCUGUCUCGAUACAUACACCAACAUGGCAAAGUCAACAACACCCUACAACAUCUCCGUCACAGAAAGAGAGCGCCGCAGAUCAGGCGACUCAAGUAACUCAGAGUUAUCAACACUGCAUCAAUUCCCAUCUAUAUCGUCAACAUCCUCGUCCGAUGCAUCGGACUAUGGGCACUCCUCACGGAGUUACCACCACUCGAAUGCUCCACCCGUCUAUUCGACAACUUUGGAAAGUGACGAGAUCGAAGCUUCCAGAAGACUAGAGCAUGAGCAGAGGAUGAGAAUCAGAGACUACGCAAUGGAGAUCUCGAGGCUCAUGGGCCGGCAGUUGGUGAAUGGAAUGAAGGGUAGCAGUAGCAAGAAUUCGCAUGGAGCGGCAGUUGAUGAACCAAAGCACUGA